AUGCGUCCAUUGGAUCUUAAGUCCAACGCCUUAACCACUCGGCCAUCCUGGUGCAGAUACCUCGCCGGUUCGCAGCCGUUCCUACAUUCAUGGCCGGGCUCCCAGCCGCCCCCCGGACCACCCGCGACCCUCGAGGGUGCCCCCUCACGCCCCCCCACCGCCGCCGCUCCCUCCCGCCCGCCUUUAUUCCCAGCGCGGCGGGCGCCGAGCGCACGAGGCGGCGCGCGCGGGCGGCCUCUCCCGGCGGCGGAAGGCGGGCGGGCAAGGCCCGGCGGGGAGCGCUGCCGUGGACCGGGACCAAGACCGAGCCGGGCCGACCGGCCCGCCGCCGCCUCCUUCCCGCCGCCCGGCGCCGGGCCCUUAGCGGAAGGGGGAGGUGGGGGAGGUGCGCGGCGCUGGCACGGGCCCGCCCCUGGGGCAGAGCAGGGCGGGCGGCGCUGGGCCCUUAGCGGCGGGGUGCGAGGGCUGCGGGCAGUGCGGGUCGGGGCAGAGCGGGCUCAUCCCCCUCGGAGCGGGCAGGCCGUGGUGCCGGUGGGCUCGUCGGGCAUGAGAGGCAUUGGAGAGGUUGUGCCGAUAAGGCACCGACACUUUAUUAUUUCCGUCCAAGUGUUUCCUGCAAUGUAUCUUCUCUCGCUCGUAGAACGAGAACCGAAACCAACGAAGUCCAAAACUAUAGAUUAUGCUUAAUUAGGAGGAAAAUUAUCGCAGAGGAAAGAUUUUUUUUGCUGGUCGUCGCUUUAUGCCGUGUCUACGGAAGCACCUAUCGCAAUACUCCCGGGUACUGCCUGCCCUGGGACCUCCCCCUUCUUCCCUGCGUCUGAGGGGAAAUGGAAAGUGUCGCUUCGCUGACUUCACCCCUGGCACUGACUCCCGCUCUCGCUGCUAUUUUCCAGCGGAGGAUACGGACAUCCUGCAUGGCACCAAACUUUGGCACCUUUGAGGUGUGAGAAACAUAUUCCACACAGCACAGGCUGAGGAUACGGGCCUGUGCCAGCCUCCAGCACAGGAGGAGGCAGGCGGAGGCUGUCUGCUUCCCCACAAGGAGAACAGGAGCACGCUUCCUGCUCGGGUGUUAGACGCCCUGGAUGUCACUGCCCCCCUGCAAGGGGUCUGGGGCUCGAAUUUGCAGACUUGGUGCCCUAACAAUGUGUGCACAGUAGGGCAUGGUGAAGCUGUCUUCUGCUGUCUCUUGCUUGCUUGGGCUCAACCAUAAUGAAGACACGAAGAUGGAUCUGCUGUUGCCUUCUUACAUAUUAGAGAAACAAACAGCAUAGCUCCAUGUGAAAAUCCCAUUGCAUUGGAAAUUUAUUAACCAGAAUCACCACAUACAGUAUCUAUUAAAUUACCCUGUUUCCUGCCUUCAUUAUAUUCAUGAUACCUUCCUAGAGAUAGAAACACAACCCCAUGUAGCUAUUUCCUUUUUCAAGUCAAUUUAAAUAGCUACCAUGGUACAAAAAUCUAGAGAACAUGUUUUGUUUUCAAGAAAUUAUAAAACUGGGCUGUGCACUCAAAACAUCUUUAAUGCAGGUUAGAUUAAAAAAGCAGUAGUUUAGCAUAGCUAUUCAGCUCAGCUUCCAGAAAAAAAAAAUCUGGAUCUUAAAAGCUAUCCCUUUACUUGAAGAAGAUUCUCCCAAGACACCUGGCAAAGAGAUCUGCUCAUGUGUGCAAGUGUGUCCACAGUUUGGUCCUUCAUUUUGAGGAAGCAAUUGCCCCACUGCCAUUUCUGUAAAAUGAAACCCAUAAUACAAAAAAAAAAAAAAAAAAAAAAAAAGAAAAGAAAAAGAAAAAAAAAAAGUCCCUCAAGACAAAAUGGAAAUCUAUAUGCAUAUCCAUUAUAUCCAUUACAUACCAAACAUUAUAUUUUGUAAUAAGGGAAUUUCUUUUUCUCUCUUUUAUAUAUAUGCUGUGCUGUAUUACAGAAGGAGCAAAGUGUCCCUGGUUGCCAGUUCUUCUCUGUCCUCCUCAGAAAGGACUGGUUGGUGGCUGAUUGGUGGUGUGGGUUGUGAAGCUUCAGCUUCAGUAGGACACAAAACCAAAGUAACAGCAAUCCUACAAGCUAAAACAUCCCCUGUCAGAUUUUAACUUCUUCACCUCUCAAACCCAGUUUAAGUGUUUGCUAUAUGAGGGAAGAGGGGAAAAAGCCUUACCAGCUUAAAGAAUCUGCUACACACAUCUGCACAGGAGUUGAGCUUUGAGGAGGAAAAGGCAGCUUCUGUUAUUAGUAUGCUAACAUAUUAUCAAGCAACUUUUAUCUUCUUCUUCCACUCAUCCUGUGUGGCGUGGGUCCUUGCAGCUAUAGUGUGAUCAGGUUAUUUCUCAGAAGUCUGUUCAACUGUGAUUAGGCAAGUUCAUGGGCUGGCUAAAUUUGAGUUCUUACAUAACUGAAGGGUAGAAAAAACCCCAAAGUAUUAAGCAAUGGACAUGUCUGCAAGGAAGAGAAUGAUAGAAUGAUUGCUUCUGUUACUGAAAGUCAUUUUUAAGUGUCUCUUAGCUCACAGUGCAUCUUAAAAAUAGUUUUAAAAGGUAUCAGGUUGGUUUUUGACUAAUUCUCAUUUUUUCCCCUACAGCAACAGCUCUAAGUCAGGAGAGAAGGUCCACCACUACCUUUUCUUUCUGCUCUCUUUCCCUGUGCCUCCAAUCAAACUAAAGAUUUGAAUACUAGUUUUGCAUAUCUACUAGUGAAAUCAUCAAGGUCUCUCAGAACUGCCAGAAUAAUUUUUUUUUUUUAACUAGAGAAUCAUCUUAGAAUACAUGAAACUCAUUUUUCUUGGGAUUUUUAGGGAAAAAACAAUAGUCUAUCUCAAUAUGCAACACAUUUCAUUUACCAUGGCAACAAAUAU